AUGGCUCGGGAAGGGCGCUUCCGCGUCGCAGUGGGGGGCUUUCAGCAUGAGACCAACGUGUUCUCCACGUCGAAGGCAUCCUAUGAUGACUUCCUGCUUCAUGACGGCUGGCCAGGUCUGACUCGUGGAGGCCACCUCUUCGAAACCAUGUGUCCCAUCAAUCUGCCCAUCGGGGGCUUCAUUAACGCGGGGACACACGAGUCCCGUGCCGGCGACUUUCACCUGGAGCCACUGCUGUGGUGUUCUGCGGAGCCGUGUGCUCACGUCGAAACUGUGGCGUAUGACAAGAUUUCUGGAAUGCUAUGUGAAGAUCUCGAGUCCUUGAUGGGCGGUGGCCUCGACGGUGUCUAUCUCGAUCUACAUGGGGCCAUGGUAACGGAAGAUUUUGAUGAUGGCGAGGCCGAGCUACUGCGACGAAUCCGCCGUGUGAUCGGCUAUGAAGUACUUUUGGUCGUGUCGCUGGACUGGCAUGCGAAUCUCAGCGAAGAGGCGUUCAAUUUGGCGGAUGCUAUUACCAUUUUCCGCACAUACCCGCACAUUGACAUGGCAGAAACUGGCGAACGAUGUUUCGCUCUACUCGAACAUAUGCUCACGACUAGAACAAAGUUACACAAAACAUGGCGCAAAGUGCCAUACCUCAUUCCACUCACGGCACAGUAUAGCGAGGCUGAGCCUGCGCGGUCGCUUUGUGCAGAAGUCGUUGCUGCAGCCAGUCGCGACGGAAUGCUUAGCGCCGACUUUGCUCCUGGUUUCCCAGCAUCGGACGGACACUCGUGCCAUCCGAGCAUUGUCUGCUUCGCCAAGAGCUCAGAGAAAGCAACAGAAGCGGCGGACUAUCUGCUGUCCAAGGUGUUGCAGGCGGAAAAAGACUGGACCAACGACCUUUUGCUGCCCGAAGCAGCUAUCGAGACUGCAUUGAGCAUGGACGGCCAGGGAAAGCCUGUAGUGGUGGCCGACGUGCAAGACAACACAGGCGCAGGGGCAACCUCGGACACCGUCGUGCUUCUGGAGUGCAUGGUCCGUCUCCGCGCUCCAGGCGCGGUUGCCCUCAUUUGCGACGCUGCCGCCGUGCGCGCUGCGGAGAAGGCCGGGGAGGGCAGAAUUGUUCGCCUGCGACUGGGCGGGUCACUCCCCGGCCACCGGCCACUGGACGCAGACUUCAUCGUGGAGCGGAUCACGCCCGGGCGCUUCGCGUGCACAGGCGCGAUGAUGCGGGGCACCGAGGCAGACCUGGACGGCACUGUGCUGUUGCGAGUGCAACAGGAGGGCGGAGGGGGGCCACGUGUGGUCGUGAGCGGCCGCAAGUUCCAGUGUCUCGACCAGGCGGUCUUCACGCACGUGGGCAUCGAACCUGUCAAGGAGAGGAUUCUGGUGGUCAAGAGCUCGGUGCACUUCCACGCAGACUUCGACCCCCUGGCGGCGGCGGUGCUGCUGGCUGAGGCGCCGGGCGAGAGUGUGUGCCGGAACGAGCGCUUGCCCUUGGCCAAACUGGCGCCGGACACGCGGCUGAGCCCGCUCGGCCCGACGUUUGCGCAGUGGCAGCAAGAUGGCGGGGGAGCAGAAUUGCAAGUGUCGGUGGGAAGUGAAGGACGAUGA